AUGUCCGCCGCGUCCCGCCUCCCAACCAUCGCCGGCACCAUAACCCUCGGUGCACUCCUCGCAGGCCUCACCAGCCUCCCCUCCGUACGAGCCUUCCUCGUCCGCUAUCUUGGCUCAAGAGCAACAAGACAUAUGUGGAAACUCACGGCGGCGGCCUUCGCCAUUGCGAACUUCAAGAACAUCCCUUUCGUAUGGCAUAUUCGGGUCUUACGAGGGAUAUUUUAUCAGUUAUACCUUCAACCUACGCCUCAGCAGCCGAAGCACUUGUUCGCGCCUGUCAUUACCAGUUCGAGGAAUACGUUGUAUGACUGCGAUUAUAACAUGCAUAAGAGUAACAGCACCUAUUUUGCCGACCUAGAUGUUGCUCGUGCGCAUACAGUUGGCUGCUUGAUACGGACUGGCCUCUCGAGACUGAAUCGUGGAGACGAGGAAGGACUACCAGUAGAGGUCAUAGCUGCCAAGGGGAACUUCUAUGUUGCAUUGGGUGCGGUGAGCUGUUUCUUUCACAAGCAGAUUGAGCCUCUGCAGGCUUUUGAAAUACAUACGAGGGUCUUGAGUUGGGAUAGGAAGUGGUUGUACUUGGUCUCCCACUUUGUCAAGAAAGGUGCUGUGAAGCCGGAGUCCUAUGCACUCCAGCCGUGGAGGAAGGGAAAGAGGGUGACGGGAUCACAAAGCGAGCAGGAUAUGAAGAAACACAUUUUUGCUAGCAGUGUGGCAAGAUAUUGCUUCAAGAAGGGCCGUCUCACGAUCAACCCCGAGAUCGUGCUUGAAAGAUCGAGAAUACUACUUCCAAGGCCAGAAGAUGUGCAAUUACCACCAAGAGCAGAAGCUUCGAGCAAUGCCGUUCCUUCUGAGGUUGCACCUACACCAGCGAGCGAUACUGCAACAAAAAUUAGUGCUGCGGCUCUGGCGAGUCAAGUGUCUUCGAAGCUGGGUGACUACGCGGAGCAUGUGAGUAAGGAGGGUAUCGAGAACGAUGACAGUUGGACGUGGGAAGACAUGGAGAAUGAGCGUCUACGAGGGCUCAAGACGGCAUCACAUUUCGAUCAGCUGAGCGCGGCGCACAAUGAGUUGAGGAGUAAUGAAGCUCUGGGAGAGUAUUGUGAUUUCUGGUAA